GAGAUAAAAAGUCACAAUUACCUUUUUUGUUUAUCCUGCGGCAGAAACAAGCUUCCAUAAGAGUCAACUGUAAGUAAAUCAUCUGUACUUUAAUUUCCCUAAAACUGCAAAGACUCUUUGUGGUGCUUUCGAAACAUUUUUCUGUUUGUUUGAGCAUCUCAACAGAAACAUCAGCAAUAUGUGUUUGGGACAGGACUAUCAUUACUUUUGCUGACACACUUAAGCUUCAACCCUUUUACACCUGGUUUCCAGCGUCAUCUGCUGGACCCUAUGAUGAACUUCCAUUACACACUGCGCAAGCUGCACUUGCGUGAAGAGGAGUAUGUGCUGAUGCAGGCCAUCUCGCUCUUCUCACCAGAUCGGCCCGGUGUGAAACAUCACAGCGUGAUCGACCGCAACCAGGAAACACUAGCUCUCACCCUGAAGACCUACAUUGAGGCCAAGAGGACCGAGCCAGAGAAACAUCUGCUGUUCCCAAAGAUCAUGGCGUGCCUGACUGAGAUGAGGAGUAUGAAUGAAGAGUAUACGAAACAAGUGCUGAAAAUCCAAGACAUUCAGCCUGAAGCGUCUCCGCUUUUACUGGAAAUAAUAAGCAAAGACAGCUAAGCCUUCACAGAGCAGAUGACUCAACUAACUGGCCUUGAACUCGCUAUCACCAGCCGCGUUGACCUUCAUCUGAGGACACUAAGGACUGAAAUAUAGUCAAAACUAGCGAGGACAAGGACGGUGCCUACUGAUAAUGAACUACUGAACUGCAGCACACUGCUAUUGUGAACCUGUCGUUUUAUAGCUGUGUAACUACAUGUAAUGGUGUUUGAGUUUAUCUCACGAGUAAUCUUUUUCUGGAUCUUUUCACGAAAGAACAAUGUCUAUGGUUCAUAACCAGAUGUAGGAUGGCACAUAAUAUCUCUUACAUUUACAGCAUGAAUGAAGCUUGAAAUGUGAUGCAGUAAGAGCAAGUUAUUAUGGCAGCAUCACAAAUGUAUAAAACAACAAUAUGAUACUAUACUAGUCAUUUGUGUUAAUAGUCUGUCUUGACGAAUCUAUUUAUUAUUCAUUUUUUAAUGCAAAAUAGUGGUAUAAGUUAACCGCUUCAAGGUAUGUUGUGUUCAAAUGAUUUAAUAUCAAUGCCAGUGUCGGAUGUGAGUAGCUAUAUUUGAUUCAAACAUUUUCCAGAUUAGAAUGUAAAUGGAGUUAUGAAUCUCAUAAAGAACAUGUUCAGGUCUUAAUUUACUCUACAUAUUGAAAAAAAAUAUA